CGGCCUGCACCGGGCCAGGCAAGAUGGCGGCCAUGGAGCCCGAGUCUGCGCCUCUGACCCUAGAAUCGCUGCCCACCGACCCCCUGCUCCUGAUCUUGUCCUUCUUGGACUACCGGGACCUAAUCAAUUGUUGCUACGUCAGUCGAAGACUUAGCCAGCUAUCAAGUCAUGAUCCUCUGUGGAGAAGACAUUGCAAAAAAUAUUGGCUCAUAUCUGAGGAAGAGAAAGCACAGAAGAAUCAGUGCUGGAAAUCUCUCUUCAUUGAUACUUACUCUGAUGUAGGAAGAUACAUCGACCAUUAUGCUGCUAUUAAAAAGGCCUGGGAUGACCUCAAGAAAUAUUUGGAGCCCAGAUGUCCUCGGAUGGUUUUGUCUCUGAAAGAGGGUGCUCGAGAGGAAGACCUAGAUGCUGUGGAAGCUCAGAUCGGUUGCAAACUUCCUGAUGAUUAUCGAUGUUCAUAUCGUAUCCACAAUGGGCAGAAGUUAGUGGUUCCUGGGUUGUUGGGAAGUAUGGCGCUGUCUAAUCACUAUCGUUCUGAGGAUUUGUUAGACGUCGAUACGGCUGCUGGAGGCUUCCAGCAGAGACAGGGACUGAAAUACUGUCUCCCUUUAACUUUCUGCAUACAUACUGGUUUGAGUCAGUACAUAGCAGUGGAAGCUGCAGAGGGCCGAAACAAAAAUGAAGUUUUCUACCAAUGUCCAGACCAAAUGGCUCGGAAUCCAGCUGCUAUUGACAUGUUUAUCAUAGGUGCUACUUUUACUGACUGGUUUACUUCUUAUGUCAACAGUGUUGUAUCAGGUGGCUUCCCUAUCAUCAGAGACCAAAUUUUCAGAUAUGUUCAUGAUCCAGAGUGUGUAGCAACAACUGGGGAUAUUACAGUUUCAGUUUCCACAUCAUUUUUGCCAGAACUUAGCUCUGUACAUCCACCCCACUAUUUCUUCACAUACCGAAUCAGGAUUGAAAUGUCAAAGGAUGCACUUCCAGAGAAGGCCUGUCAGUUGGACAGUCGAUAUUGGAGAAUAACAAAUGCUAAAGGUGAUGUAGAAGAAGUUCAAGGACCUGGAGUAGUUGGUGAAUUUCCAAUCAUCAGCCCUGGUCGGGUAUAUGAAUACACAAGUUGUACCACAUUCUCGACAACAUCGGGAUAUAUGGAAGGCUAUUAUACCUUCCACUUUCUUUACUUUAAAGACAAGAUCUUUAAUGUCGCCAUUCCCCGAUUCCAUAUGGCAUGUCCGACAUUCAGGGUGUCUAUAGCUCGAUUGGUAGGUUAAAUUUUCCUCUGGUGCUGAUUUACAUAACUUUUUAGAAUUGACUCCACAGAGGGUCUUUGUUGAUUAGCCAGACAAAUAGUUUAAGAAUCGUGUUCCAGAGAACCCUUGAAAUUUUGAGGGAAGUCCCUUGGGGUGGUACGGGACGUGUGCUAUGUUGGGGGAGGUGGGCGAUAAGUUAGGUGGGCUCCAUGCUCUAAUCAGAGUAACUGCUGUUAUCUGUUUUGUUUUUCUUGUUUGUUAGUUUGUUUUUAAUAGCUUUAUUUUUUAGAGCAGUUUUAGAUUCACAGAAAAGUUGAGCAGAAAGUACAGAAAUUUCCCAUAUACCCCUGCCCCCACACAGUAUCUCCCAGCGGAGUGGUCCCAUUGCUACAACCAUGGGGCCUACACGGACACAUCAUCACCCGAAGUCCAUAAGUUACAUUAGGGUUCACUCUUGGUGUUGUAUAUUCUGUGGGUUUGGACAGAUAUAUAAUGAUGACGUGUCUACCAUUAGUAUUAUAUAGAGUACUCACUCACUUUAAAGGUUCAGCCUCUUUUCCACUGUUUCCACAAAUACGUCUGUCGCCUAAUGAGAAACCACACUAGAUCAGUUAGUAUCUGCUUUAUUUUAUUCCAUUAAGACUGGGAAAACAAUUUCUUACAGUGUUUUUGCUAAAACGCCCAGUUUUGUGAAAUAAUACAAAUAUCCUAUAGAAAUUAUUACAAAGAGGAUUUAAUGGGUAGACUUGUACUUUUAGUAGUCUCUCUCUCUGGGAUCAUUUCCUAAUCAGGUAUAUUUUUUAAAUCUCAUUUUUAGGGUUACCUUAUGGCUGGUAUAGCAGUAACCCCUAUCUUAUGAGCUAUAAAAUGAUUAUAGAAAAUUAUGAAGUUCUAGUUAUACAAUAGGAAUAAUAUGUGAAUUGUAUACCCAGAAUAUAAUUGAGUUGUAGACAUCAAAUGUUCACAGAAAACCCUCUGGCUCCUGGGAUGACCCUAAGGGGUGGCUCUAAAGUCUGGGAAGAUGAAUCUGAUACGAAUCUGACCCAGAGUUGACACAUUCACAGCUCCCGAUUUGUAGAGGGAAAGAUGGUGAUGGGACGUUAGGCCACUGUCUGGUGAAGACAGUCUACAGACUGGGUUUGGAAGUGAAGUUUAGCUUUCCUCCCAGUGGAGGAAUGCUUUCUCCUGUUAAUUUCCAGUAUUGGCAAUUUGCUGCUUCCUAUUGGCAGUCUUCCAUUUUUGACUAGCCCAAAUUCUGUAUGAGAUUGGCAUUACCUUAUCCUUAAAUGUUUCAUACGAUUUAUCAGUGAAGUCAUCUGGGGCUGGAAUUUUCUUUUUGGAAAAGUUUUGAAAUAUGAAUUUCUUUAAUACUCAUAUUUUAUGUUUCUUCUUUCACUUUUGCUAACUUGUGUCAUUUAAGGAAUUUGUCCAUUUUGUCUAAAUGUUGAAUUUAUUGCCAUAAAGUUAUUCAUAAUAUUCCUUUGAUAAUCCUUUUAAUGGCUGCAAGAGCUAUAGUCAUAUGUUCUCUUUUGUUCUUCCUAUUGGUAAUUUAUAUCUUCUCUUUAGUUCAUCAGUUUAGCCUAGGGGGUUAUCACUUUUAUUGAUCAUUUAAAGCAGGAAUGGGUAAUGUUCGACCCAUGGGCCAUGCAAAAUCAUUUGGUCUGGCCCUGCCAAAGCAACCAUAGGCGGGACUUGAAAUUCAAUAAAUCUAGGAGCUU